AUGGACUAAGCCCAAUCUUUUGAACCAGAUGAUAAACCUUCUGUGAAUCAAGUGCAUUCGAAUAUCUGCGAUAACAACGAACUUUAAAAAAAUAGUAGCCAAACAAGAAGAGCUUGGUCACUCAAAGAAGACAAUUAACUCAAAUAGGCCAUAAAAUUACAUAGCACAAAUUGGCUAUUAGUGGCAUAGGCAUUACAAAAUCGUAAUCCUUCCCAAUGUGCAUAGAGAUGGAAAAGAAUCAAACCCUAUAAUUACAAUAUUCGCAAACCAUGGACUGACAAGGAAGACUAGCUACUACUCAAGUUAGUCCAGGUGCAUAAGAAAAAUUGGGUUUAAAUAGCCAAAUGCAUACCUAAUCGCACUAGUAAGUAAGUUAGGGAAAGAUUUGUAAAUAAAUUGAAUCCAGAAAUAAAUUCAGAACCUUUUACAACAGAAGAAGAUAUGAUUAUAGUAGAGGGCUAUAAAAACUUUGGGUCCAAAUGGUGCAAGAUAUCCAAAUUAUUACAAGGAAGACCUGAAAACAUAAUAAAAAAUAGAUAUUAUUCGUACAUUCGAAAGCGUUAUUUUAAUAUUGAGAACCCCUAUUAUGUGGUUCCUAAAACUAAUAAUGAGUUAUAGAAGUCCAUUCAGGAAGAAACUACAAAUAAUAAACAGAGGAGAACAGCCAAAAGGACAAUAGACAAACUAAAAAUACGUAAAAGAAUUACAAAAUUGCCAAAUAUUAAAUAGGAUGAAUAUAAGAUGAAAAAUGACAAUGAGGAUGAAAAUGAAUAUUUGGAUAAAGAAAAAGUUAGGUUGUAAAUGACAUCAAUUGAGGAUAACAACAAACAACACUUCAGUAAGCUAAUUCCCUAAUGUGUAGGUUAAUCACAAGUAAAAGAUAAAUUGGGGUCGAUGCAGAAUCAAUAUAUUGUAAAGGAAGAGCUCUCAAACCACUAAAGUCAAGUUAAGUAAGAAGCAGAUUAAGAUUAAGUUGCUAAAUUGGAUCAACUAUAAGAGAGUCUCAAUCUUUCACAGAGCUGCUAUGCUCACUAUCCAUUAAUUUAUAGUACAGCACAACCAUACAAAAUGAUGUACUAUUUCCCUACUUAAUUACCUAUGCCAUAUAUUCCUCAGUAUUAUAUAAAUACUCCAUUUGUCUAAUAUGGAGUGUAAAGCUAGGAAACUUUGUUAUCUAGAUCAUAAGAGAUAUAAUAAAAAAGUCAAUAAUUAUGA